CAGGGAACUCCCCUUGAGUCCGGGAACUCCCCUUGGGUCCGGGAACUGCUACAGGUUCUCAUGCCUCAACCAGAUCGUCGGGCUUCCCCCCCUUCAGCCGGCUCGUCAGGUUCCUGCACCACAGCUGAAUCGACAGGCUCCCACGCCUCAGCUGGCAUGACCACAGCUCAACCCGUCUGACAGGUUCCUGAGCAUCAGCAGGGAUGACCAGUCUUCUCCUGAUCCCCAGAUGCAUCUCUUCUGGUGGAUCACCCACAUCUUUCUAUCCCUCCCUUCUCUCCUCUCUUGUCCAAUCCUUCACGUGCGACAAUGAGACACAGUAUGCUUGGUAAGCCAAUGGUGCUGCAACAAAUGUCCACCAGGACCUCUGCCAUAAACAGAGUAAGUCAACCACCUAUCUAUCCAUCAGUUGCUGACUGCAGAGGCAAGACACUUCCAAACUCAUCUCUGCUUGUUCUAUAUAGCCCACCUCACAUACCACAGCUGCACCGGACGCUGCAAAGGUGUGAAAAAAACACUGCAACUACACCAUGUGCACAGACCAGACAAGAAGAACAGAGACCGACACUGAAACAAACCAGAUGUGUGUGUGUGUGUGUGUGUGUGUGUGUGUGUGUGUGUGUGUGUGUGCGCGCGCGAGAGAGAAAGGUGAUGUGGUUUGAUGGCUUCGGUGGGGAUUACAACAUGAAAGAAAGUAGCAGAAAAAGGAUGUAAAGAGGGUUAGAAAGAAAUUACCACGACACUGUCCCAGGAUGAAAAGUGCAGCUACAUGGGAAAAACAAUGUUAAAACUAUGACAGCGAGUUGGGAGUGUUCGUUUCAUUUGGACCGACUGGCACUUCCUGGAGUCUGUGAUGGACACCAGACGAGACAAACAGGAGUGUGUCCACAACUACCUGUCUCUCUCCCAGUCUGGGUUUGACUGGCGCCUGGCCUCCCGCCUGCUCUACCAUACAGUGGGCUUCCUCCUCCCAUCUGCCGUGCUGCUCUUCUGCUACUCCUGCAUCCUGCUGCGGCUGCAGCGUGGCUCCCAGGGCCUCCAGAAGCAGAGGGCCGUCCGGGUCAUCCUGGCCCUGGUGCUGGUCUUCUUCCUCUGCUGGACGCCCUACAACAUCACCCUAAUGGUGGACACCCUCUACUCCAACAACACCCUGGAGGUCAACUGCGAGAGCCAUAAAGCCCUGGACAUCUCCCUGACGGCCACCUCCUCUCUGGGCUACCUGCACUGCAGCCUCAACCCUGUGCUCUACUCCUUCGUGGGGGUGAAGUUCCGGCACCACCUGCUGGACAUGCUGAGGUCCCUGGGCUGCAAGCUGAAGAGUGGAGUCAGGCUGCAGACUGCCAGCCGGAGGAGCUCCAUGUGGUCUGAGUCUGGAGACACCUCCCACACCUCUGCCAUCUAUUAAGGACUUAUCUCUCUAUCCCAAGGUCUCCCAAACUAUGUCCUAAGGACCCCAAAUGGUGCAUGUUUUGUUUUUUACCCUAGCACUACACAUCUGAUACAAAUAAUCAGCUAAUCGUCAAACUAUGAUAAUGUGAAUCAGCUGUGUAGCGUUAGGGCAAAAACCAAAACGUGCACCCCUUGGUAUCCCGAGGACCGAGUUUAGGAAACACUGCUCUAUCCUGUUGCUCUUGAGUUGUCGUUGACUCAAUAAGUGGAUUAUCAAUGUGACCUUUAGCCUACUCCAACUUCCCCUCCAGCAGAUUUGGACUGGAGGAAAGGUUGUUAGAUCCGCACUGUUUCACCAUCAUCUUUUCCCAAUUUUCCCAAUUUUGUAGAAUUAUUGCCUAUUAAAGAAACUCUUUGUAAAUAAUGGGGCCUAUAAUGAAGUUACACAUAAGUAAAUCAGUUGUACACAACUAAAAAAUAAUAAAGUGAUUACAAAAUGAUAUACACUUUUUUAGAGUAUGAACAAUAUCUUAUGAGUUUUAAGCUUGUCAUUUAUAAUUUUACUUACCUGCUUUACGUUUUGUUAUAAAAUGAUAACUGGCAUAUGUGCUCUGUUAUAGUUAAUGCAUUUGUUAUUACUGACACAUGCAAUGAUUUGAUGUAUAUUUUUUCAUUACAAAAAUGCACAGUAUCCUAUGACAGGUUACAAUUUCAAGGAACCAUAGUGAAAUACUGAAUAAAGUUUAAUUCGUUAUACUAUCAUUCAGAAUCUCUGUCUUUUAAUGGUUGGUUAAUAGAUGUCUGUACACCAAAAACGAAAACCCCUAGAGGAAGCCAGACCCAGAUCAGCAGAGAUUUAGCCACACCACCAACAAGGGCCUGUUCAGGAUGAUUGAACAUCAAAGAACAAUCAUAAACAUGUCAGGAUUUGGCCAGGGUUGUUCCGGUUUUUGGUCACUAGAUGCCCCCAUUGUGCUUUUUGACCUUUUGUUUUCCCUUGAUCCCCAUUAUUAUUUGCACCUGUGCCUCGUUUCCCCUGAUUGUAUUUAAACCCUUAGUUUUCCUCAGUUCUUUGCUCUGUGUUUGUAUGUUAGCACCCAGCCCUAGUAUUCUGUGAACUCUUGUUGAUCCCAGUGGACUCGCUUGUGGAAUUCUGUUUUUGUUCUUGUUUAUUUAUUUUUGAGUAUCUUUUGAGGCUUUUUAUGCUACUCCUACCACCUUGUGGAUUUACCUUUUU